CUAGCCAUUACUAGUACUUGUGUGGAUUAACGAAUUAACACAGCAUAUUUGGCAGUUUGGGAUAAAAACAAGUCUGCUGAAAGAUUGAUUUACCUCUUCAUUGCUUUACCUUUUCCAGAAUGGAGAGGAAAGCAUUUAUUAUAAUAUGGAUUUUAAUCUACCUCUCUAAGACAACGGCUCAAACAUCCAGCACCACAGAAGCAGUAACAACUACUACAACGGAGCCCUCAACGACUCCUGCUGAAACAUCCACCACUGCGGCAAAAGUAAUAUCUACAACAACAGAGGCAUCCACAACAACAGCUGAACCACCCACCACUACAGCUGCACUAACAUCUACAACAACCGAACACUCAACAAAAUCUCCUCCUGAAACAUCCACCAAUGCUGCAGAGGUAACAUCUACAACUGCAACAGAGGCCUCCACAACAACAGUUGAAGCAUCUGCCACUACACCAGAGGCCUCCACAAUAACAGCUGAACCAUCCACCACUACAGCAGCAGUAACAUCUGCUACAACAACAGAGGCCUCAACAACAACUCCUACUGAAAUAUCUACUACUGCUGCAGAAGAAACAUCUACUACAACAACAGAGCACCCCACAACAAAAACAGAACCAUCCACCACCACAACAUCAACUGAACCAUCUACUACAACAACAGAGCUGCCCACAACAACAACAACUGAACUAUCCACCACAACAACAGAGCCGUCCACAACAACAACUAAACUAUCCACCACAACAGAGCCGCCCACCACAUCAACUGAACCAUCUACUACAUCAACAGAGCUGCCCACAACAACAACAACUGAACCAUCCACCACAACAACAGAGCCGCCCACAACAACAAGUGAACUAUCUACUACAACAACAGAGCCGCCCACAACAACAAUUGAACCAUCCACCACAACAACAGAGCCGCCCACAACAACAACUGAACCAUCCACCACAACAACAGAGCCGCCCACAACAACAAGUGAACUAUCUACUACAACACCAGAGCUGCCCACAAUAACAACUGAACCAUCCACCACAACAACAGAGCCGCCCACAACAACAAGUGAACUAUCUACUACAACAACAGAGCUGCCCACAACAACAACUGAACCAUCCACCACAACAACAGAGCUGCCCACAACAACAACUGAACCAUCCACCACAAUAACAGAGCCGCCCACAACAACAACUGAACCAUCCACCACAACAACAGAGCUGCCCACAACAACAACUGAACCAUCCACCACAACAACAGAGCUGCCCACAACAACAACUGAACCAUCCACCACAACAACAGAGCCACCCACAACAACAACUGAACCAUCCACCACAACAUUAGAGCUCCCCACAACAACAACUGAACCAUCCACCACAACAACAGAGCUGCCCACAACAACAACUGAACCAUCCACCACAACAACAGAGCUGCCCACAACAACAACUGAACCAUCCACCACAACAACAGAGCUGCCCACAACAACAACUGAACCAUCCACCACAACAACAGAGCCACCCACAACAACAACUGAACCAUCCACCACAACAACAGAGCUGCCCACAACAACAACUGAACCAUCCACCACAACAACAGAGCCACCCACAACAACAACUGAACCAUCCACCACAACAACAGAGCUGCCCACAACAACAACUGAACCAUCCACCACAACAACAGAGCUCCCCACAACAACAACUGAACCAUCCACAACAACAACAGAGCUGCCCACAACAACAACAACUGAACCAUCCACAACAACAACAGAACCCACCACAACAACAACUGAACCAUCCACAACAACAACUGAACAAUCCACCACAACAACAGAGCCGCCCACAACAACAACUGAACAAUCCACCACAACAACAGAGCUGCCCACAACAACAACUGAACCAUCUACAACAACAACAGAGCCCCCCACAACAACAACUGAACCAUCUACCACAACAACAACUGAACCACCCACCACAACAACAGAGCCGCUCACAACAACAACUGAACAAUCUACCACAACAACAGAGCUCCCCACAACAACAACUGAGCUAUCCACCACAACAACAGAGCUCCCCACAACAACUGAACCAUCCACCACAACAACAAAACCCACCACAACAACCGCUGAACCAUCCACCACUACGGUAGAAUUAACAUCUACUACAACAACUGCUACUGAAACAUCUACCACUGCUGCAGAAGAAACAUCUACUACAACAUCAGAGCCCCCCACAACAACAGCUGAACAAUCCACCACAACAACAGAGCUGCCCACAACAACAACUGAACCAUCUACAACAACAUCAGAGCCCCCCACAACAACAGAUCCCCCCAAAGGAGCUGGAGGAAGUUUCUGGAGAGAGGGAUAUCUGGGGUUCUCUUCUGAGACUGCUGCCUCCACAACCCCGGCCCCGGAGAAGUAG